GCGCGGGAGCGAACACUGCGCUUCCGGGCCGCCGGGCGCGGCGCUGACACCCGCGGGCGGGCGGGCGGGGGCCCGGAGCGAGCGGCCCCUCCGGGAGCGCGGGGGCUGCUGCGGGCUCGGCGCUCCGGCCGGGGCCUCCCAGGACCCCUGUCCCUCCCUGCCGGCCCCGCCCCAUUCCGUGUCGAGGCAGCGGAGCUUCUCCCCGUUCAUGGUACCGAGUGUCUCGCCGCGCCGGGGCUGAGCAGUGCCCGGCCAAGGGGAAAUCCCCGCUUGCGGGCACAAGCGAGAAGCGCAGGUGCUGUUCAGCUGCUGUUACAGUGGAUAAAAUUAAACAGUGCCUUUUUCUGUAUGAAAAACCAAUCUGAGCGACCAAUGGGUUGUUUCCCCGUGGUUGUCCAUUCACCCAGUUCUUAAUAAAUCACCUUAGUGUGUUCCUCUUCAAAGACGUUUCUUCAGUGAGAUAAGCCACCAUGUCAGAAGGGGACAGCAUUGGGGAGUCCGUGCAUGGAAAACCUUCUGUGAUCUAUAGAUUUUUCUCAAGACUUGGACAGAUCUACCAGUCCUGGUUAGACAAAUCCACCCCCUACACCGCAGUGCGAUGGAUUGUAACGUUGGGGCUGAGCUUUAUCUACAUGAUUAGAGUUUAUUUACUGCAGGGUUGGUACAUUGUGACAUAUGCCUUGGGAAUCUACCACCUCAACCUCUUCAUAGCUUUCCUGUCACCAAAGGUAGACCCCUCUCUAAUGGAAGAUUCAGAUGAUGGUCCUUCCUUACCUACAAGGCAAAAUGAAGAAUUUCGGCCUUUCAUUAGAAGGCUCCCAGAAUUCAAAUUCUGGCACUCUGCCACUAAAGGAAUCCUGGUUGCUAUGGCUUGUACAUUCUUUGAGGCUUUCAACGUUCCUGUGUUUUGGCCAAUCCUUGUGAUGUACUUCAUUAUGCUAUUUUGUAUCACUAUGAAGAGGCAAAUCAAGCACAUGAUAAAGUACAGAUAUAUACCCUUCACACAUGGCAAGAGGAAAUACAAAGGGAAAGAGGAUGUGGGGAAGACCUUUGCUAGCUAGGAAGAAGCAAUCAACCUGUUGACCAAUUCUACUGCUCACUAAAGGAACGAUUUUGAGCCAUUGUAACAAUGCCUUUUUUCUUCAUAAAAGUGAUUAACAGAGUGGUGACAAAGCAGUUGAAUUUUCAUUUUAUGAGGAUCUUGCUAUUUUUAUCUGAAAUAUCAGUUUCUUGAGGAAACUGGCAUUCUAACCAAAUUGCAUUGAGUUUAUUCUCUUUUGUAAGAAGUUGGAGAAGCUUUGGAUAAUCCCAUGGAUUUGGGAUAAUGCAUUUCUUUCAAGAUCCGUUGCACUGGAGAGGUUCAUGGCCUAGAGUUGAAUAUUUUUACAUAGUUCUCCUGCUCAACAUCACCCUGAAGUGCUGUGCACAUCUGUGGAGGAAAGUGUAAGCUGGCACACGUGAUGCUGUUUUCUGCUUCAUGGCCGUGUGCUGUUUUCUUAGAAAAAUUCAGUAGACCUACAUUAGAUGCAGAACUUAAGCCAAUUUCCUAAAUGCAUGGUAUUACUGAGUUAUAACCAAACAAGUAUAGAUAGGAAUAAGAAAUUACUAAAUUAUGGGGUUUGCAGUAGGGCAAAAAUACUCAUUUAGCUUCUAAAGCAACUCGUUUGUGUUGGGUUUUAAUGCCAGUUUCAUUGUUCCAUCUCCCAGCAGAUGCUAAAAUUGGGCUCUUUGUGAUGACUCAAAACUUUGUUCAAACUCUUAUCACAAUUUCCUUUGAGGACCUGGAAUUAUAAAAAUAUAUAUUUUAAUUGUUAUUAGUUGGAGUUUCUUUCAUACUUAAUGGUUCCUUGAAUAAUUGAAGUUGACUUCAUGCAGCCCCACAGGAUGUACCAAACUGGCCAGAAUAGAAAGUGGUGGGGGUUUUAACACAGAUUUUCUUUUUUUAUGGGGGAAAAAAAUGAGAGAUAAUGACCUGCAUGUAAACUUUUUCAUGUGGUACAACUGCAGUUUUAUUAAGUGACUUUUUAAUUCCAAAAUUUAUUAAAAGACAGUGUUCCCCUUUA